AUGUUCAAAUUACCUCUCCAAACCGCUCGUGCCUCUUUCAAGCGCCAGCUACGACUAAGCUCCAGCUCAGCCUCCGACCGCGCCGGGUGCGUUGACCGAGCCGUCAACGAGCUCCAGGCUGCGCAGGGCAUAACGACUACCGGUCGCGUUGUCAACAAGAUAUGCACGCGCCUCGCCAACGAUAGAGCAACGACGCGUACAGAGCAGCUGAUCUGGCUUGCGAAAUAUGCCCUCGAUACAUCAGCAGCACCCAAGCGCGAUAACGAUAGCAGCAAGGCUUCGGUAUACCAGAAACCCCAAGAGAAGCAAGAAGAUGAGCAAAAGUCAACUGCACCUGAGGCGGACGGCAAACGUUCUUGGGAGGGCGUUUCCGCAUGGCCGCAUAUGUGGUAG